AGCAACAUUGAGAAACGAAAGUUUGUCUCCGUCAAAUCGUACAUGAUUAGAAAAUGUACUGAAUAUUCAUUGCAAUACAACUUUCUAUCAGAAAGAGAUGGUCAACAAGAAAUGAACCCCAAAAAUAGAAAAAUCGAACAGAAAAGACCAACCAAAAAACUUAAGAAAACAGAUUCAAUCAAGCAACCAAACCAGGCCCGUAAUGAUGAUAGUUUACCAUCAAGCCCACAUCGCCAGCAGCCAAGUCAAGGAAUCUCUGAUGAUGAUUUCAGAGAAAUAUUAUCAUCCAUGUCAGGAUGGUAUGAUCGCCAUGGAUACAUCAAUAUGCUGAAAGUUUUGUACAGAGACGUUGUAACUGAGCCUAAUAAGCUAUAUGCUGCCACCAAGGUGAUUGAAUUGUUUGAAUUGGUAUGCAGUUCUGGACAUCUGAGUCCUGCAGAUCCUACAGUACUAUAUGAUACUAUUAAUGUAACUAAGCCAUUUGGCUUGGAACCAGAAAUUCGAAAAUUGACAGAGAAAACACCUUUUGAUAUCAGGACAGUCAUCAUAUCAAAGUUUGCACUUAAAAGACUAAAUCUGAUCAAGGUUUUAGAAAGCCUCACUGACAGUGAUGUCAAGAAGAUCUCAAAACUUUACUGUUGUGAACAAGAGACUGACAGAUGGGAAUUAUUUGUAGACUUGCAGCAUAGAGGCAGGAUUUGCGAAGAAAACAUGGAUGACUUUAUGAGAAACAUAACAACACAUCUCAUUAUUGAGUCAAAAAGUGACCCUCUAGGGCUGAGGGGUACUUGCAAAUGUAACAAGAAUUUUGCUACACAAGCAGCUCCAUCUACAGCAGAUGAUCAAAGAGAGCUAAUGUUGACUGGUGACACAGACACUAGGGUUACAUUGUCUGGUGACACAGGAGCUGGUCCAAGUACAUCUACAGGUCGCUACUGUUUGGCAGUACCCCCUGAGAUAUCAAUUAUUGUGAUUAUUGAAAUUGGAAAGCUUGCUCCACUUUAUUGGGCCUCUCCUCCAUUCACCAAUGGAGUUCUUCUGGACCCCUGCAUACUGAUUUCCCUCCUUGAUUCUUAA